AUGGCUCCGUCGGCACCCCUCCCUCCCUCCCCCUCCGGAUCGACCGAACGAUUGGCCGAAGAGCUAGCCCCAACCAUUGACCAGCUCAAGAACGCCGGUGCAGGCACCGCGAUCACUCUGUCCCAGGCUCUAUCGACGACCGAAUCUCUUCUCCGCCUGCGCCACACCUUCAUAGAUGAUGCACGUCCACGCACCGCCAAAGAUGCAUUCCGAUAUCUCCAGGGCUUUCAAACUCUGCUGACGCUAGCGGACCAGGUAGCUGAGCUCUACGACCCGGUACACAAAUCCAAGGAGGAAAGAAAAGACCUAUUGGGUAUCUUCAAAGAUAUCCUCGGUGUAUUGGCAGAGUGCCUGAAGGAUCAUUUUGGCAACAAGCGAUAUUUUGCUCGGAAGAUACCAGGGGGAGGCAUUGCUGCGCUGGAACGAAUUCUGACUGCACUGGUCAAGAAGAUAGACACAACUGAAGAUGACGCGCACCAUAUUUACGGCGCCAUUUUGGCAGCAGCUCUAUGCCAGGAGACUGUGUCGGGUAUUUUCGUAACACUGAGCACAAAUUUUUCCCAGAAUAGGGACUCUUCUUCUCCGAAAGACGUCCAGGAUGCUGUGGAUCAUUGCAUUGGGUCAGCAGAGACGGUGGAAGUGCCGGAACUACUUGGACCGUUCCUUCGUGUGUGGUUGAUGCACUCCUCUUUGUCAUCUGGAUAUGACAUAUUACGCCUGGCCUUGCCCGCAUGUCUCUGCCAAUUGGCCUCGCAGUCUCGGAGGAACGUCGUAGCCUUGCAUGCAACUGAGAUGCUCACCUCAAUCCUACCCCUCUUAUUCGAUGGUGGACGGUCAGACAGAGAGAAAGCAAUUUACCAAAAUCUCGCCCAAUUUCUCAGCGUCCAGGGCAUGAGUAGCUUGGACGAUGCUGUCGCCUUAUACCGCGGGGCGCAUGAUAACCCGCAAGUUCUAAAAGUCCUAUUGUCUGCUCUCAAAUCCUCUAAGGAGCCUCCGUCAAUACAGUUUGAUAUGUCCCGCCAUGGAUACUGUUCAGUCGAGUUCGCAACACUUGGUCGACCAUUCCCUCCUAUCAAUUCCUCCGGCUACACUCUGGCAGCCUGGGCCCGUUUUGACGAGUUCGAUCCCAACACGCAUACUACUAUAUUUGGAGCUUUUGAUGCAACCCAAACAUGUUUCAUUCUUGCCUACCUCGAAAAGGACACUCGAAACUUUAUACUUCAAACUUCGAUUCGAGGUUCCCGUCCUAGUGUUCGGUUCAAGUCUAAAAAAUUCGAGCCGAAUCGCUGGUACCAUAUUUGUGUUGUUCAAAAGAGACCCAAGCCAAUGUCUUCUUCCCGUGCAUCUCUUUUCAUAGACGGCGAGUUUGUUGAACAACUGAAGAUCGAAUACCCAUCCGUUCCUAUAAGCCAUCAUUCAAGCAAGCCAUCGCGCGUGCAGGCAUUCUUUGGCACCCCUCAAGACCUGGCAAUGCGUCUCGGAAAAGGCGUGUCCACUUCCCGGUGGUCACUUGCCAAUGGAAUGCUUUUCGACGAGGCUUAUAGCGACGACAUGGUAGCUGUUUUCUACAACCUUGGGCCUCGGUAUUAUGGGAACUUCCAGGAUUGCUUGGGCUCCUUCCAGACAUACAAGGCAUCUGCGACUCUAAACCUGCGGAAUGAACAUCUUCAUCCGGGUAAGGAGGAAGCCUCGGAUAUUGUCACUGCCAUCCGUAGACGGGCGAGUACAUUAAUCCGUGAAAGCUCGAUUUUGAUCAAUGUCUCUUCCGUCGCCGUUCUUGACGACGACGAUAGCAAUAAUGUCGACGAGUCACAGUUGAUAAAAUGUCUCUCACGGCAGGCAGCGAAGAGUCUGCAUCAGCUAACAAAGUCGGGUGGCAAUGCAGUUGCUGUCAACGGUGCCGCCCCGGCUAUCAAUGACGGCUUAACUCAGCCUCAGGGGGGUGGCUGCGCCGCCGCCCAUCUCAGCUUGAUCAAAGCAGCAAGAACUCCCGAGAGCACCCGCAUGGCCGUGGAAGCUCUCUACGAAGCAGUCCAGGACAACUGGAGAAACAGCGAAGCCAUGGAAAGAGAGAAUGGCUAUGGUAUUCUUGCGGCCUUGUUGCGAGAAAAGCUUGGAUUCUCGAUGGGCAAUUCCUCGACCGCGUCCAAAAUCCCUGUGGUCACUUCUGAUCCCCACGAGCUGGGUUCCAUAAUGCUUGAUCUGUUGCGUUUGACUCUCGGGUUUGUUGGCUACGACUUCGAAACGCCCAAUCGCUCCAUUAUCACAAACCCGCUCGCCUACCGUGUCCUGCUGGUGGACAUGGACGUCUGGCGAUUCGGAGAAUCUCAGGUGAUUGGGUUGUAUUACUCUCAAUUCCGCACGUUUGCCGCCGAUAGCAACUAUCGCCGAUUUAACGCCAGGCGUCUUAGUCGUAUGCGUGUCAACAAAAAGUUACUGGAAACUUUGAAGGGUGGAGAGCUGACCGAAGAGUCUCUCCAACCUUGCUUAUCCGCAUUCCGCUCAUUGAUGGAGAGCAGUCCCUCUCCAGACCUUCUCCGAUCACUAGCUUUGUCCAUCACAUAUGCACUCCACAAGCCGAAGACUCCGGCAACUCUUCAGAAAAAGAAGAGCCUUCGGUACAUCGCUACAUCGCCUCGACCUGCGUCGGCGAAAUCAGAAAGCAAAUAUCUUCCCAGCGUGACUUUGGGCAUUGAAAUGCUACGGCUCUAUUCUUCCGUGUUGUGUAACCCACAUGAUCCUACGCCAUUGAGAAAAUUUGCCAAGGCCGUUACAAACAAGUGGCUUCUUUAUCUCAUGUGUGAGGAUGAGCCGGAGGUUGUGAUACUUGCAACACAGAUUUUGGCCCGCUUAGUCGUGGUCAUUGGCAGUGGAUACAGCAAGAAGUUCGCGGAGAAGAGUGGUGGAUACAUCAUUCUUGAACAUCGUCUGAAGAGAUGGUGGGAUGUUCCCGCAUUAUGGCCUAUUUGCCUUUCUAUCUUUUUCGGUGUCGAUCAUGCUUUGCUGAAUCUCGACAAACCCCUCGACCCGUCCGAGCUGCUCAGGGCUUUUCUGAUUGAAGGCGAUGUAAAGGUCGUCUUCCCAGAUAUGCUGCCCGUCAUUGUGAAUAUGUUGAAAAGCGGGGUGCGUAAUUUGACCAUGGCAAAUGAUGCCCAAGAAGACACUCAAGGCUCUUUGGAAGAGCGUGCCACCAAAUGCGACAAACCAAGAAUGAACUCUCUCAAGCUUCCUGAUUCUACUCCCUCAGACCAAAACAUCCAUGGCGUUGCUCUUAUCAAUUCGGUUGUUCGAUUUUUAGAAGAAGCACGCACUAGAUCACCAAGCUUCAGGGAUUUCACUGCACAAUCUACUUACGUGCAGGAACUACUCUCUGUGGUCUAUCCUGUUGUUGUUGGUGCUGAUACCGUCAGCCCAAACACAGAACUGAAUUUCCGACACAGCGGACUCAGCUUCGAUGACAGCAACCUAGUACUACGACCGCGCUCGAGUACUAAUAAUGCGUCGACAGCUUUGCAGACGUCCAUGGUUGACUCCUUGGGCAGUGCUGAGGAAAGCACUGGUUCUUUGAAACGUGGUUCAUCCUUUAUUCUGGUCUCCCCUGAUAAAUGCAAGCACCAGGCCUCUUCUGCACGGAUACGGCGGUUUAUGAACCCAUCUUUUAUUGGGAACAAAGCUGCCAUUGGUCAUCCCGUCGUCAAGGCAGUCUUCAGGCUUGUUCUGGCCGUUUUCGAGGAUCAGCUUUUAGAGCGCAAAGACUUUUCGGGCCUUGGUCUCUACCUGAAGACCCCGCCCGGCUUUCUGGAACACCAGGCAUAUUUCAAUUCUUGGGUUCUUGGCUGUGUGCUUUCGGCAUUGCAAGAUCUUCCUCUGGUCCGACCAGGUCUGCUUCAUGAAACCCGGACACUUACGAACCUCGGCCGCUUCGCAACACAUUUGACGGAGGCAGUAUACGAAGGCUGGUUUAUUAAUGGGGCAUCGUCCACACUUGAAUUCAUUGGUACAAUUUUGGAGUAUCUCCAGCGCCCGGACAUAUCUCAGUUGAAGAGCAUUCGUUUAUGUAGCCAGGCUACCGGAACGAUUCGCUCGACUCUGUACAAAGUUAUCUUAAUUCAGUUGUCAGAGGCAGACGACACUGAAACCGUGACAUUGCUAAACCGAUUGAACUACUGGCAGGUGGUCCUUUUCUCGGCGGCUGAAACCCAAUCAAAACAUUUACACCUGCUAUGCUACCUGCUGUACACCAAACUAAUCAGCACAAAUGGCGAUGUCCGCUUGGCUGCUACCCGCUUAUGGAGAAUCAUAUUGGUACAGGCGCCGGGUGGAAUAACAACACUUCUCAGCCAUGGCUCUGUCUCUCUCCAGCGGCGGUUGGCUGACGGAUUUGAUGCUCUUUCCGGAAUGGACGACGAAGCUUUCCUGCUAUGGAUCGAUGAACAGCGCGACGAUCUGGAUGCCUUGUUCUUCGGUGUAUUUUCUCGAUCGUGGGACACCUUCGUCUACGAGGAGAAUACAAGCAUCGAGGAGUCCGUCAAGUCCCGAGUAUCGAAACGUAAAGACAAACUCAGACAAUGGGCUCAGAUCGAGAAAUUCGAUGAAGACAUGACACGAAAACACGAGGCUACCUUGCCACAUUGGAUCUCGAAUAUCGCAGCAUCCGAAUUUUUGAAGUCUCAAAGAUUCUUGCAAGAUCUUCAGGAUAGUUCUACUUUUAUGUGGUCAGCUUUUUCCGACUUGCUGCUUGACCUGCGACGACCAGGUGGUCUUCUCGCAGAAGAAAAGAGAGGAGAUGAUGAGUCAGGUGAGCGACAGGACUAUCAGCCCAAGCGUAAAGCCUCCGAGCCUCCAGCAAUCAAAAUCGACACCCGCAUACGUGCACUCUCAGAGGGUGAGACUCUAACGGCGCCUCAUGCUCUCCCAGGGGAACCUGAGAAUGAGAGAAGCGGGUCACCGAACGGUGAUGCCGACAACCGCAGCCUUAUGGAGGAUAACUUCGAGAUGAUUGACGAUCCUAAAAUUGAGCUCGAAGACUAUGAAGAUAGAAACCGGAAGGUGAUGCGAUCUCUCCAACGUGGUGACCAGGUACAAAGCGUGUGUAAUCUGUCUCGAAUCAUUGGUCUAGAAGCUGUGGAAGGUAUCUCGAUCCUCGGCAAGGACUGCAUCUAUAUCCUCGACAAUUUCUUCCAGAGAGCAGAUGGUGAGAUUGUGAACGUCUGGCAAGCCCCCAAUGAGGAACGAGAUCCGUAUGUGCGCAUGAUUUCUGGUCGCGAAUCAAAUGACAUCCGCUCGCAGGAGCAUCAGACAAGGAGCUGGAAAUGGUCUGAUUUGGUCAGCGUUUCCAAGCGUCGCUUCCUCUUCCGUGAUGUUGCUCUUGAGAUAUUCUUUACCGAUGGCACCAGCUAUCUGCUGACAUUGCUGUCGGCACGAGCUCGAGACGAUCUGUGCAACCAGCUGGCUACCAAGGCACCACAGGUCACGGGAAGCGCCGGACACUCACGACCAGAAGACAUCUGGCGAUUUGAAACGCUUCGCAGUCAAGAUGAUGCACCACAGUCCCUCGGGUCUAAAUUUGCUAGUGUCUUCGGUCACCUUCCGGCAAAUCCAGCAACCCGAAAAUGGGUCAAGGGUGAAAUUUCCAACUUCCAUUAUCUGAUGUUGAUCAACACCUUUGCUGGGCGUACGUUCAACGACUUGACUCAAUACCCCGUUUUCCCAUGGGUUUUGGCAGACUAUACAAGCGAGGAACUUGACCUUACCAACCCGGCCACAUUCCGAGACCUAUCAAAGCCUAUGGGCUGCCAAACGCUAGACCGAGAAAUGGGCUUCCGUGAGCGAUACAAUGCUUUUGCUGAGAUGGGUGACGAUGAUUCUCCCCCUUUCCAUUAUGGAACACAUUACUCUUCCGCCAUGAUUGUCAGCUCCUACCUCAUUCGGCUGCAACCAUUCGUCAAGUCAUAUCUUUUACUCCAGGGGGGGCUCCUUUGA